UAGAUUUGUUGAAAGAUAUGGCCGUAUUACGUCUUCACAGUAAUAAGUUAGCAGGCUUAAAAUAUCUUAAGGUUUCGUUGAAAAUGCCUUUGCUUACCGGAAAUUCACAUGACCUUAUAUUACUAACGAUUACAGGGGCCCUGUUUUCAUUAUGACAUAAAGUUGAGAUGAGGAUGACAUAGAUAGAUCCUGCACCGUUUGUGUUUACAAUAUUUAGUAAACACUUGUACUUGAAUUCUGUAAAUAAUGGCCACUUAACAAGCUUAACGCACUUUGGCACAAGGACACCUUUUAUAAAUAGCUCAAUUUGAAUGGUUGAUAUUUUUUUGAGGGCAUUGUACGUGCCUUUAAGUGGAAUCAUAAUAAAGCCUAAAGCUGAUGGUGUGUUAUUAAUUUGUUUAAAGGUGUUAAUUGUAAACUUGUUUACGACAAGUUGCCUGUUCGCCAAUAUAAGAUCGAUAUAGUAACAAAUUUUGAGUGGUACGUCACUGGCCGUGGACAUUGGAUAGUUUAUUGGGUAUUGGUCUGGUUCAUGACUCCGUUUCUUUCUUAUUUAUCUUAUGUUUUGAACGAUAUAUACACAUAUAUUCUAUUCCCAUUCAUUGUGUGCACAGGGGAUGUUCACUUUUUAUGAUUGCUGCCAAAAUUUCACAUAUCGGGAUGAUGCUUAGAGAGGACCGCCAUCAACGAUUGCUUCCCCAUCUUCCCCUGACGUCACAAUUACCAAACAGUCGAGAAAUCAUCAUUGAUUGGAUGUCAGAUGACCACGUGACUCAAACGUAUGACCUUAUUCAGCAGUGCGCUGAAGAUGGACAUGGAUUUGGUGUGGAUGAAUUCGAAAACGAAGAAGAUUUUCGUGAGGAAAUACGGGAAUCAUUUUGUUUCGUUGUUAUGGACAGGUCAACAAAAGAAAUGCUUGCAUCAUUCAUAAUGACGUCAAGCAAGUUUUAUCGCGGUUCUCCUGACGCUGUGGAUCCGUAUAUUAUCGUCAGACCUCAUGACCGCCAAAAGGGAAUUGGCGAAUUUUGUAUGAGAAAAGUUUUGGAAUUCUCUGAAAUUCUUGGAUAUCAAGGAAUGUAUGUGGACACCUUUUGUAACAAUACAGGAAUGCAGAAAAUCCUUGCAAAGCUGGGUGGUUUCAUGAAAUGUGGUUGCCUUCCCAUGGGAGGAAAACUAAAAAAUGGAAAUAUCAUUGCCUCUCUGAUAUUCUUCCGUGAUCUUACGAACUACUCUAAUGGUUGAUGAUAUCCAUUAGGUAAAAAUGAAAACAGAAAAACAUUUUGUGAAAGGAAUCGAGUUCUUCGCAGGUGGAUAGCUGCCAGUGGUUCCAAUAGCACGGCCCUCAAAUCCAACUAUGCUGGAGGGGCAUAUUCCUUUUCUUCAUCAUUUGCAUAGACCGACAUGUACAAUAUGUGAAUUGUUACAAUCUGAUUGAAGAUAAUGUUAUUAUGAUUCAAAGUAAAAAAAACAUUAUACAAUCUUCGAUUGAUCUGUGACCAAGGUAGUAUAAAUGGCAGGGAUGCACUAAUAUAUUAUACAUAACAAAGAUUUCAGAGCACUAUUUUUUAAAGCAAGAUUUUUUACAAAACUAUAUAUUCUUACAAUAAAUCUUGUUCCACCCUU